AUGGAUAAUGUUAAUCGAUACUUGACUGUGUUUUGUCUUUAUAUUUCAUUGAAACUUAAUGUUUGCGAAGUCUUUCCAUUUCUUAUACAAGCCGAUCAAAUUUUUGUCAAAUGUUCUGAUGGUAAACUUGAAUCAUUCAAUAACAAUCAAUUUACGCUUCCAACAUGCAUCGAAAAAUCGCAAAUAGAACGAAUUAAUGUCUUUCAAAUUUACAUUCAAUGUCCCGAUGGGCGUUUACAUUUCGAACUGAAUCGGACAUUUCCUUUUCAUGCAUCGAGCUCGGAAUAUUCUCUGACGAGUUUACAUCCGCAUUGUUUCAUUGAUAAACUCAAUCAUAACCGUUUUAUUUCUUAUCAGACUCGUUAUUUGUCAGAAAAUGGAACAUUCGCGCAAAUAAUCUCAUUUCAAUGUGAAGGUAAUUCGACGGUUGUUACUAAUGAACAGUGGAAAUUCCACGACGAAUUUUAUUUGUUUUUUAAAUUGAUGAAUUAUGGACUCUGCCGGUAUUUGGUGCAACUAGUAUAUUCGAAUGGAAAAUGCAACCGAUUUUAUCAGCAAAUAUAUAAGAUUCAACUGCAAAUCAAACAAUCGAUAUGUUAUUAUCAAAUAGGACUUGAUUCUUCGGAUAUUUCUUUAGAGUAUCUUAAUCAAUUAGUUCGUAAAAAUCUUUCAUUGAAUAUUCAAGCAGUUUCUUCGAAUCAUUCAAUGAAUUCUUCAAUAAUGACUAUGAUUAUUACCACAUCCAUCACAGGUCUAUCUCUUAUUCUAUGUGGUUUGGUGUUUAUACUUAUGUAUCGGUUUACUCUACUUCGAAGAUAG